UUGCUUUCUCUGCGUUCUGUGCUGGCAGUGGGCGGGAGUUAGUUCAAAAGCCAUAGUGCAGGAUUGCAGCUGUUGCAGUCACACACAAGAGGAAGGCUGUGCUGCUUUUAACUUUCAUCGUUGGCUAUAAGAUUUGGCUUCCAUUGUUAUUAAUGGUAUACAUAUCUGUACAUCCGCCUGUUGGGAAUUCACACACUGAGCAGCUUGCCAAGUCGUCCUCUCUCUCCCAUUGCCUCGUGUGUGUGAAGUGUGGUGCCUGUGGCUGGUCCGGGGACCGGGACCAUGUUGGAGAGUAGCUGUAAGGUGAUGAAGGAGGGAGUCUUGGAGAAGAGGAGUGAUGGUUUGCUGCAGCUGUGGAAGAAGAAGCGCUGUCUGCUGACCGAGGAAGGAUUGCUCCUCAUCCCUCCUAAACAGCUGGAGCAGCACAGUCCUCCGCCCGAGCCGGCCCGCAUCAAGGAGCUGCACUUCUCCAAUAUGAAGACGGUGGACUGUGUGGAGCGGAAAGGCAAGUACGUGUACUUCACGGUGGUGAUGGCCGAGGGCCGGGAGAUUGAUUUUCGGUGCCCGCAGGACGAGGGCUGGAAUGCGGAGAUCACCCUGCAGAUGGUGCAUUAUAAGAACAGACAAGCCAUCCUGGCCGUGAAAUCUACCCGACAGAAGCAACAACAUCUGGUGCAGCAGCAUGGACAUCGGAUCAGGAGCAGCUCCAACUCGGCAUAGUCCCAUCCAUUCCAGGUUGAAUAAAGAUGCACUUUACUUGGUACAAGAAGUCUUUUUUGUUGAAUUCAUCACAUACAUUCAGAAAGUUGGGAAUGGAAUGCUCGACUGUGGACAUCUCCUGCAGCUUGAAGGUCUGCAGUUAUUCAUGGACCUUAUGAUGUCAAAAUGAAAAAUUGGUCAAGACAUUAUGUACUAUCAUUUUUGCAAUGUAUUUAUUUCUCUCUUCCUUUUUAACUACCAAACAUGACUGCAUAAAAGGAAAUGAGUCCAAAGUAAUGCUGCCUACAUCAUCUAUCUUGCCUAUUUUUUUCUGUGCUUAAAGUGUUAAUGUUUUAGAACACUGAAGGAGGCACAGGAAAGGUUGUAAUUUGUUUGCCUUUUAUACCAUUGAGGAUGCCAACAUUUUUCUGCUGAGCUCCACACAUAAACUCAAACCAUAUGAAAAAUGUUUUUUUUACCGUUCAGCAAACUUGCAACACAGAAUAUCCAGCGUGAUACAAGUCAAGCAGAGGAUGAAAAUCAAACAAAAGGAUCUGAUGGUUCUGUUUGGUCAGGCUGAUAAUUCCCAUUUGAUGCUUUCUGUCUCUAUGUUGUCAGGAGGAUUUGCAUCUUUAGCCGCUGUCUUUGCAACCAGCUUGUCGCAUCUAUUAGCUCCAAAGAGGCUGAGAGACCUACAUAUAUAAGCACUCUUGAUUCAUUGGCAAAUGUCUAUUUUUCCUCAGUCUUUGUAAAUGUCAGAUUUAAAAUCAAGAAGCAUUUCCUUUGAAACAGCAGGGAAAAGGAAAUGUAAAUCUGAACACUUAAUUGGCAGCUGGAUGGCUAAUACUACACUUAUACCACGUAUGGCUAUUUUGAAUCAAAGCGGCCAGCUUCAUUUUUGGGAGUACAUUGCUGUUUGUAUAUAAAUGCUGUAUAAAGAGCUGUUACUGUGUGUCUAUAAGCAUUGUUCAUAUAAUGAGUGGUAAAGCUUGUUAAAUAAAGUGCAUUAUGUAAUUGACUCCCAGUAGAUAAACGUGAUGGUAAGAGGGUA